CGGCCCACAAGCUGUGCGUGAUAAGCUGCUUCUUCCCCCAUCCCAAUGAGGGGUGAUAAGGAUGCCCCACUGAAAAAAGUCCAAAAUCCACAAAUUUCAACUGGCGAUUUGUUUGCGGCCCCAUUGCGUUCGGCUCAGGGAACUGUACCACGACCCUCGUUACGCGCCGGAAACUGCAUCACAAUGUCAAAGCGAAUGGCAGACGAAGAUAACACCGGCCCACUCAAGGCCGGUGGGCGUCCCGACGCCAUGGACGUCGACGAGACGCCCGCCGACAUGGGCGAGUUUGAGGACGAAUUCGAAGACGAAUUCGAGAGCGAGGACGAGAUUAUUGAAGCUGGCGUCGACGGCAGGCCGGACGCGGAGCGGGAGGCUGAGGAGGCAAUGGACGUGGACAAUGCAACCCCGGGAACCUUCAUUGUCGGCAGGACGAAGCUCGAGCCGGGCCAGACCCUCUCCCCCGACCCGACAACCUACCGCAUGCUUCACAACCUAAGCACCCCGUGGCCAUGCCUCUCCUUCGACAUCAUCCGCGAUGGUCUUGGCGACAACCGGACUGUAUACCCCGCGACCAUGUACACGGUGGCCGGGACGCAGGCCGACAGCGCCAAGGCCAGCGACAACUCCAUCAUGGUCAUGAAGUUCAGCGGCCUCAGCAAGAUGCAGGGCAGUGACGAGGACGAAUCGAGCGACGAUGAGAGCGAUGACGAGGACGCGGAUCCCAUCCUCGAACACAAGAGCAUCCCGCUCAACACCACGACCAACCGGAUACGAGUCCACCAGACUCCUUCCCAGGACCCCUCGAAGCCCCCAACCACCCUGACGGCGGCCAUGACCGAGUCGACCAACGUCUUCAUCCACGAUAUCACACCCCACAUCACCUCUUUCGAUACCCCUGGCACCAUUGUCACGCCCCAGCAGAACAAGCCGAUCUGCACCAUCCGCGCGCACAAGUCGGAAGGGUACGCGGUCGACUGGUCGCCUCUCCACGCCGCCGGCAAGCUCCUGACGGGUGACAAUGACGGCCUCAUCUACGUCACGACACGGACCGACGGCGGCGGCUUCGUCACGGACACGCGCCCCUUCCAGGGCCACACAUCCAGCGUGGAGGAGAUCCAGUGGAGUCCGUCCGAGGCGUCCGUCUUCGCGUCCGCGUCGAGCGACGGCACCAUCCGCGUGUGGGACGUGCGCAGCAAGGGGCGUAAGCCCGCGCUCUCCAUGCAGGUCAGCGACGUGGAUGUCAACGUCAUGUCGUGGUCGCGGCAGACGACCCAUCUCCUCGCGUCCGGCGACGACGCGGGCGUGUGGGCAGUUUGGGACUUGCGGCAAUGGAAGCCGAGCGCGGGUGCGGCCGCUGCGUCGAGUCUGCAGCGACCGAGCCCGAUUGCGAGCUUCAAUUUCCACAAGGAGCAAAUCACCAGCGUGGAGUGGCACCCGACGGACGACAGUAUCGUGGCGGUAUCGGCGGGAGACAAUACGGUUACGCUCUGGGAUCUGGCGGUGGAGUUGGAUGACGAGGAGAGCAAGGACACCGCGGGGAUACAGGAUGUGCCGCCGCAGCUGUUGUUUGUGCACUACCAGAACCUGGCAAAGGAGGUACACUGGCACCCGCAAAUACCGGGCACGCUGGUGGCCACAGGUGAAGAGUUUAGCAUCUUCAGGACAAUCAGCGUGUAGGCGUUUGCGGCUUGAACUGGUCGACGGCAGCUUAUGGCGCCGUGCUUUUAGAAUUUCCAUUUCACCAGGUUUCUUCUGAUGGAUAAUUAUGAAUGAACCCAAAAAAUCAAUCCAAGCCCUUCCGCGGACGAACCUGCCAUCACCGAUCACAUUUGCCAUUCAUCCUCUGCAACCGUUUUCUCAAUAAUACCCACUGGGACCAAACCCACGCAACCAUGACCAACGAAAAUACGCAGC